AUGACUUCACGGCCACCCAUAACAGACCAGACGCGCUCAUGGUUUGAGCCCAUUGCUGUUGAAAAAGAUACUAAUGUCGAUAUUGUCGCCGUCCCGCCUAUCGGUGCCCAUCAUAGAAAGACAUGGAUAGCGCAUGGCGCGAAAUCCUCUUGGCUUGAACUUGAACUGCUAAAGCAGAUCCCUCGAGCACGAGUCCUGCUGUAUAACUAUGGAGAUCUGCGUGAUGAUAAAAUCGACACCUUGGGUGAGCGACUCUUGAAUCAACUACGUACCGAGCGGAAAAAUGAGGUCUGCUAUACUCUUCCCUUUCCACACCCUAAAAUAAAUUUCUCACCAUUUCAUCAGCCAACUCGACGUCCCAUCUUCCUCAUCUGUCACAGCACUGGGGGUCUCGUUGUUAAAGCAGCUCUAGCGCUGGCAUCACGGGAGCCGAGCCAGUCCAUCUUAACCAGCUGUCAUGGUAUCGCCUUCUUUGCCACUCCCCACCAAGGUUCGACCUAUCUCUCCGCCGAUGAGUAUGCUGCUAGUAUUCGCCAUCUCUUGCAUCUGCAGCAUGACACACCGGCAGCGCUCAGGAAGCAGUUGCGUCCCCGCCAAGAGCGCCUGUGGCAUCUAUCAAACCAGUUCAAGACUCUUUCAGCCGAUAUGAAGGUCUGGUCUUUUCUCGAAACUGUGGACUCAACUAUGCGUGUGAUUGACGCUGAGACCAAUAAAAUGUUGGAGUUUCAUGUUCCCAUUACUUCGAUUCGGUCGGGUUUGUUGGAUAUUGAGAAUGAAAAAGAACUGCCCAUGGCAACCGACCAUACGGGGACGGCAACUUUCCAUGGUCAGGAGUCAACACGAGAUCGAUUUCUAAAUGAGUUGGGUGAUGCCGUUGAGACUGCUGUGGAAAUAUCAAAGCGCGAGGAUACGCCGCUGGGCGUAGAGCAGCAAGUCAUGGUUCAAAUCAACGGCUUCUUUGAGGAUACGGCACUGGGCGUCAGUGAUGAAAGUCCCCUCAAGCUAUGGUCGACCAAGGUGUCGUUAGAAGAUUACCUCUCCCGGGGUCCGUCGGCUUGCCUUCGGGAGAGACUAGGUCGAGUUCAGCCCAGUGGCUUGGACGACUCGUCAAUCAGCAGUUAUGAUAGUCCUCGCUCAUCUUACAUUGCUUCUGGCUCUGAUCCACAUGACCAUCAUCACAACCAUCAUCACAACCAUCAUCACAACCAUCAUCACGGCCAUCAUGACGUGACACCAAGGCCCCUGCGACCGCCUCUACCAUACAGACGAAGCUUUGAUGAUCCAUCCGGUCCAUCUCCACAGAUCCACAUCACCAAAGCAGAUAUGGAGGACUACUCGAAUGACAUACCGAGUGAAACUCCACCUCCGCCACAGGAGCCGAAACGAAAGAGCUCCCUUAGUAAGGCACUGGGAUUCUUUCCAUUGACGCGAUCUCAUCGUCGGAGCACUUCUGACAGCAGUUCCCAGGGGAGCAUUGAACGGCCACCUUCGAGCGCUUCUACAUCGCAACCUGUGCAAUCGCCUUUCCUGGCGAUACCGAAAUCCACUCGCGAUCGUAUCAGCCAGAAUGCCGACGUCGCGGAUAUACCUCGAGCAGUUCCACGUUUCGAUCGACCUGAAGCCGAUACAGAGAAAUUGAUGUGGAUUCAUGUACCAUAUACGCAUACCGGCUGGGUAUCCCAGGUUAUCCGCCGAGCAUGUCAAGAUAGUCAAGAGCCUAAUUUUGUUCGAAAAUUCAUCAAUGACGAAAAUUGGUAUCACCGGCUCAAUAGAGCUCGUCAUCUCGAGCCUCACGCACGUUUCGUCAAGCCCGCGUGUAUUCACUCAAGACAAAUGGAUGUUUCACAAACUCCUUCUGCACAAAGCCCUUCUGAUUCUACCGAGGACCCUCAACUCGCUCUAUACUCUCCCUACCUUCACUGGGAUACAUACCGUAACCUAAUUCAACGGCGCAAAGUAGUCGAAGACCGCCUCAACCAAGGCCGAUCCAGACCCGUCCCUGGCCGAAUCUCAAAAGCAAGCCUGGAAGCCCAGCUCAUCUGGACCUACCUCGGCUGUGAGCCUCCGGUACACUUCCGCCGCACACUCGAUCAAUACGGGUAUCCCAAUCUGCGCUCGACCAUCGCUCGCGACGAUGACCAGAUGCUCUGGAAACGAACUCGCAGACCGGCGCGCAUUGAUGAUCAGCUAAAAGAGUAUCUACAUUCUGCACAGGAUGAUCCCGAUAACGAGGAGACCGGCGAGUUUAUGGAUGGGAAUGUCCUGAUGGUUGAUCAGCUCUGGCUCUGGAUUGUUGAUCAGAAGACUGUUGUUACUUUCUUUCCAAAUCAGGAAGCUAAUACCUCCGAGGGAAAACUUUUUGAACAGUCUAACUUGCAUAGCAGCAUUUACAAUGAGUUGAAUGGGGAUCUCUCGCGUCGCUUUGAGACGGCUGGUGACUUGGCUGCUCUCAUUAUGCUGCAUUCUGUCACCGUCCUCCUCGACAAGACUCUGCAUCAUGAUCUGCAGGUAUUGCGGAUAUUUGAGGAGUCAAUUAGCAUAUUGACCGAAUCUGUCACCAAAUCUUUCAAGCGCUUUAGAAACAGAGGCUUCACCAACCGCCCAGUGGAUCAUGAUCGCACUUCAGAUGGCAAGAUAAUGACAGCUGCCCAGCAGGAAUAUAAAGAAUUCCAGGUUGCUCGUCGAAACCGAGAAGAUCUCUCCGUUCUACUCGAACUGCGCGAUAUCGAGGAUGAGCUAUCCACCAUCUUAAAGCUGCUCGAUCAACAAGACACCGUUAUCAAAAGUAUGGUCAAAUAUUUUGACAGCAGGGGUGGAUACGGGAAAGAAUUCCUCAAUACAGCACAAGAGCGGAUUGACGGAUAUCGUGCACAAAUCAACGAGAUGAAAGAAAGCAGCCAUCUAGCGCAGAAAGCCGUGGAAACCCUUCUAGAUCUGAAGCAGAAACAGGCGAAUGUCGACGAAGCAAAAAUGACUCGAUGGCAGGCUGAAGUCGCUCAAACACAAUCUCGAGCAGUAAUGGUCUUUACCAUAUUCAGCGUUGUUUUCCUCCCUCUAUCCUUCUUCACCUCCCUCUUCGGAAUCAACGCCCGAGAAUGGAGCGGCGAACAGACAAACCCAACCCUAGGCGAAAUGUUCGAGAUAGCCGGCCCGGCAUCCUUCGGAAUAAUCUUCCUCUCCCUCUUCAUAGCCUUCAGCGACUCGCUACGCGAUAUCGUAUCAAAAGCGCACAAGAUCAGCAUGGGCCUACUGAAAGAAUUCAUCUUGCACCCUAUUCAAUCAUUCGUGGUGGAUUCCACUACGGGUAAAAUACCUGUUCAUGUCGUACCUGAGGACUCUAGGCUUAGGAAACGAUUUGACGAGUACCUCGGUUAUGGGAGGAGGAAUAUGCAGCGUGAUGAUGAUAUUUGGCAGCGGUGGCAGGGGGAUCGGAUUUCUAAGGGGAAGGGGGUUAAGAAGGAGAAGUAUAGAGUGAAUGCUGGAUUGGAUCAGAGAAUUCGUGGAGAGGUCUAG